AAAGAAAGAGGAGGAAGAAAUUAGAAAAUCGAAAAACCGCGACGACUCUCCGCUCAGAAAACCACCGAUUCGCACCGACGCCAUUGCCAUCUCUCUCUCUCUCUCUCUCUCUCUCUCUCCUCUGCCUCUGCCUCCGUGAGUUCGCACGUUUCAGCUUUGACCUUGUGCUUCUUCUUCUUCUCCUCCUCCUCCUUCUGCUUUCCGUAGCCAUUUCCAGAUGUUGCUUCUGGUUUAGCUCACAUUCUCUCUGUCUCUCGGAUAACGUAGAUUAGGUCGGUAACUGAAACUGAUUCUCCGGAACUAGAGGGAUGGAGUCGAACGAGACCUCGUACGUGUCGUCGCCGGAGCUCGGGCCGAAGCGGUCCUCGCCGCCGCCGACGCCUAAAUCCCCGACUUCAGAUUCUCUGGAGAAGCCAACAUAUAUUAGGUUUCUUGUGUCAAAUGCUGCAGCUGGAUCAGUUAUUGGAAAGGGUGGUUCAACAAUUACUGACUUUCAGUCACAGUCUGGAGCACGUAUUCAGUUGUCACGAAAUCAAGAAUUCUUUCCUGGGACAACUGACAGGAUUAUCAUGAUAUCUGGUCCAUUUGAUGAUGUGCUGAAAGCAGUAGAACUCAUUCUCUCGAAAUUGCUAAGCGAGAUUCAUCUUGAAGAGGGCAAUGAUGUUGAUCCAAGAACAAAAGUGAGACUAGUCGUUCCAAAUAGCUUCUGUGGUGGCAUAAUUGGCAAGGGAGGAGCCACGAUAAAGUCAUUUAUUGAAGAGUCCCAAGCUGGUAUCAAGAUAUCUCCUCAGGAUAAUAAUUAUUAUGGGUUGAACGAUAGGCUAGUGACUGUGACAGGCACUUUGGAUGAACAAAUGCGAGCAGUCGAUCUGAUCCUCUUGAAGCUAUCAGAAGAUCUUCACUAUCCACAGUCUGUUAAUGUGCCAUUUUCUUAUGCAGCAGCAUAUAAUGGGGUGAACUAUGGACCAGCUGGAGGUGGAGGUGGAGGGAAGUUUCAGAACAACAAGGAAGAGCGAAGUAACUCGAUGACUAUUGGCAUUGCAGAUGAGCACAUUGGAUUGGUGGUUGGUCGAGGUGGACGGAAUAUCAUGGACAUCAGUCAGGCUACUGGGGCCAGGAUAAAAAUAUCAGAUAGAGGUGACUUCAUGUCUGGGACAACUGACAGGAAAGUCACAAUCACGGGAUCGCAGAGAGCAAUUCGUGCAGCCGAGGCCAUGAUAAUGCAAAAGGUUGCAUACGCCUCGGAGAAAAGCGUGAAUUAGUUCUCAAGUUCCAUCCAUUGUUGUAGAAAAAAUUUGUGGACCCUCCUUCAGUCUGUCCACAAGUUCACUGAUUUUUUAAAAUCCGUUGUGAUCUAAUUCGUUGGCAGGUGAUGCACGAGUUAUCUUUGGAAGAGUGAGAUCAGGAAGUCCUUUUUGGAGAGUUCGUUUUUUUUUUACGAAAUAGUGUCUGCUUAUUUAAGUCAAAAGGAAAUUGUUGUAGGAAAUUUGUGUUGUUUCUUUCCCCAAAUGGAACAAUUAACUCGGCUUUCGAGCAGGUUAUUCUCUAUCUAAGGUGAUACAUCCUAGAUUUAUUAUUUGAAGGAAAAACGAUGGCAGAAGAAAAGGAGAAUUCAAAGUACAAUUUCUUGCAUCUC